AUGCGCUUCCUCCGAUCCCUCCUGGUUGCGACCAGCUUCGCUGCCGGUGCCUUUGGAGCCAAGAAGACCCCGGAGGAACGCUUCAAAGAGUUCCACGCAAAGGCCCUCACCUCUUCUCCGAUCAAGCUUGCCGACUCCAGUUACAAGACCUUGACUUCCGCGCCUCGCGAUUACACCGUCGCAGUCCUUCUGACUGCCCUCGAGAACCGGUUCGGCUGCCAGCUGUGUCGGGAGUUCCAGCCGGAAUGGGAUCUCCUGGGUAAGACCUGGACCAAGGGUGACAAGAAGGGCGAGUCGCGCCUUCUCUUCGGUACUCUGGACUUCUCUGAUGGUCGUGAGAUCUUCAUGUCGCUCGGCCUCCAAACCGCCCCCGUCCUGCUCCUGUUCCAGCCCACUGUCGGACCUCAUGCUGUGCCUUCUGCGGAUCCCCUGCAGUACGACUUCACCAGCGGACCCCAGUCUGCGGAGCAAGUCCACGCCUGGCUCUCGCGACACCUCACUGACCGUCCCCACCCCCCGGUCUCGCGUCCCGUCAACUGGAUGCGCUUGAUCUCCAUCACCACCAUUGUUCUUGGUGCUGGAACCGUCCUGGUCACUGCCUCGCCCUACAUCCUUCCCAUUAUUCAGAACCGCAACCUGUGGGCCGCCAUCAGUCUCAUUGCCAUUCUGCUCUUCACCAGCGGCCACAUGUUCAACCAUAUCCGCAAGGUUCCCUACGUCGCUGGAGAUGGUCGUGGAGGCAUCAGCUACUUCGCUGGUGGCUUCCAAAACCAGUUCGGCUUGGAGACGCAGAUCGUUGCCGCCAUCUACGGUGUCUUGUCUUUCUGCGCCAUCUCUCUUACUGUCAAGGUUCCUCGCAUCGGCGACAGCAAGAGACAGCAGGUUGCUGUCCUCGCUUGGGGUGGUGUUCUUUUCCUCAUGUACAGCUUCCUUCUGAGCGUAUUCCGCAUUAAGAACGGCGGCUACCCGUUCUCCCUGCCUCCUUUCAUGUAA